CCACCAUUUGAACCGCUUUACUGUCUUGGUUGUGUCAUAUUUUAUUGCUGCUGCUAUCAGAGCGUGCUAUCAGCUAAUAAAAGAUCAGACCAUGCCUCCAUGGUUAAAUAUUGAUAAGCCAACUAAGUUAGUGGUAUAUUAGCAUCUUCUCUUCUCAGUCUUAUGCAAAGAGCCUCUUCAGGCAGAGCCGGGUAUCAAUAUGAGCAACUUCGGAGAGAUCCUGAAGGAGAUCGGGGAGUUUGGUUUGUUUCAGAAACGCUUGUUCGCUGCAUUAUGCAUCCCCAGCAUGUUUGGAAGUAUGGACGUGAUCGGCCAGGUGUUCACGGGCAUGAAAUUCCCUCAUCACUGCAACACCGACUGGAUCUUGGUGGCUGGACCCAACCUGACGUAUGAGAGGCAAAGAGAUCUCACCAUCCCCGUGGAUAAGGACGGACGGUUUGAAAGCUGUAAAAUGUUCACACCUGUGGACUGGGACUUGGAGACCAUUGAAAGGUAUGGGAUUAACACUACGACCGGAUGCACAGACGGAUGGGACUAUGAUGCCCAGCCAGGUGCUUCCAGCAUUGUCACAGAGUUUGAUCUAGUGUGUGGCAGUAAGGGUUUAAUUGAGACAUCCCAGUCCAUCUCCAUGGCAGGAGUUCUUGUCGGAGCAUUCACAUUCGGGACAAUUGCUGACAGAUUUGGCAGGCGAUUUGCAAUCCUGCUUUCACUUUUCCUCUUGCUGUUGUCUGCCAUGAGCACUGCUCUCUCCCCAAACAUCUACGUGUACAUGGUUCUCAAGUUUUUCUGCGGGAGUUCCAGUGUUGUCAUGAUGAUGAACACAUCGGUGAUGGGGCUAGAAUGGAGCACUCCAUCAAGGUCUGUUCUUUGCACAAUUCUCAUCACGUGCUCCUUUUCUUUUGGACUCAUGCUGUUGUCUGGCGUUGCCUAUUUGAUCCACAACUGGAGAAUCCUGCAGUUAGUGCUCUUCAGUCCCCUUGUUAUCGUCCUGGUAAUCUUUUACUGGUAUGUCCCAGAGUCAGCCCGGUGGCUUGCGACGCAGGGCAGGAUAAAGGAGGCGCAAAAGGAGCUUGAGAGGGUGGCCAUGAUUAAUGGGACCAAAGUACCAGAGGAUCUGCUGCACAAGCUGAAGAUGGAGAGCAGGCCUGAGAGCAGAAGCACACUGGACAUCUUCCGAAUAUCAUACUUGAGAAAACGUACUCUGAUCAUGGCCUUUAACUGGUUUGCAACAAGUAUGGUGUAUUACGGACUGAGCCUGAACGUCGGCAACUUUGGCCUGGAUAUCUACCUCACGCAGCUCAUCUUUGGUAUUGUCGAAUUCUUUUCCAACCUGAGCACUAUGUUUAUUAUUCAAUCUCUCGGAAGGAGAAUAACUCAAGCCAGUGUCCUGUUACUUGCGGGCAUUGCUUGCCUGGUGAUCCUCACUGUACCGAAUGAUCUUCCCGUAGUGCUAACACUCAUCGCUGUACUGGGGAAAAUGGCUUCCACUGCUUCCUUCAGCACACUCUAUAUUUAUACUGCCGAAUUAUACCCAACCGUUUUAAGGCAAAACGGUGUUGGCUUCAACUCCAUGUGUGCUCGUACAGCGGGAAUCCUAGCACCACUCAUCAGGCUCCUGGCGGUCUACCAUUACACCGUGCCCAUGAUCAUAUAUGGAAUCACCCCCAUUGCAGCAUGUGGCUUCUGUUUGCUGCUGCCUGAAACACUCAAUGUUCAACUUCAAGACCACGCGACACUUAAAGAACCGUUGAAUGGACCAGUGGAGGACAAAAAUGACCGAAUACUAGUUGCUGAAAAACAUGGACUGUAACGUGAAAUCAAAGCUGAGACAAAGUAUCCGAGUGGCUUCUUCAGCUCUAAAUGACUGGUGAUGAGUUGGGGUUUUAUUAGAAACACCUGUGGGUGGUGCCCACCUGAACCUCACAUGGCUAUGGCCUGGAAUGUCCUACUCACUUAACGUAACGGGAAGAAUUUGUUUUGAUCCUGGUAGUAAAACCCUAACUCCCAAACAGUCGUCGAGUGGCUGAAGAGGCCAAAAGUCUACAAGAAACCCAACAAGUCCAGUUGUGUUAGACUUUGUUUUGGAUAUAUAUCAUGACCUGGAUGACUGAGAAAUGUCACAGACGCAGGGACUGUAAUUUGAAGUAAAGUCAUUUGUAAUUUCUCUAUUUCCUCACUUGUUAUCAAGUCUCAAAGUUGCACACAAAUAUUUCUGUAGUAGUAAUUACUGCAGUAUAUGAUAAGUCACUGAUCAGUACAUUAUUAAUUAUUAAUAACUGUAGGUAUAUUAGAAAACAAUGCAUCCAAAUGUUUGUUGUGUUUAAAGCAUAAAUAAGCUGUUCAUGG